AUGGGAGUGGGGCUAGCAGAUGGGCUCGCCGACCGCGACUGCAAGCUCCAGCGCCUGCACAUGCAAUACCACCAGGAGUUGAACCUGCUGCUGCUCGCACGCACCUGCGCCCCUGCUGUUGCUGCUAGCGCACCUCCGCCCUUGCUGCUGCUCGCGCGCACCGCACCAGACGCCACAGCCCGCCCCGCUCCCGGUCGAGGCAUAGGCCAGCACAUCAUAGAGCAGGGAAGCCCCUACCCGGCUCCGUCAAUGGUGUGCACGCACGGCAAUGGCGGCCGCCCGACGUGCCCUAGCUGCCUGACGGCCAUCAAGCGGGACGAAUCCACUACCGGGAGGAGCUGCAGCUAUUCGGGGCAAGCACAUCAGCGGCGCGGCCGAGUGUUUUCUGCAAACCUAGCCUUCAAAGUGGUGUUUUUGUGCAAUUUACUCAAGGAUGUGUUCGUGUCCCUAUGGCAGUUCAUCGGCAAGGUACACACGGAGUACACCAUUGACAGAGCAUUUGAUUCGUUUUCCGAGGGGCUAUUCCCGUACGGGCCUAUCUGGGAGCACAACCUUGGGUUCUGGAAGAAAAGCAUAGCAGCGAGCCACAAAGUUAUUCUCUUGAAGUAUGAGGAGAUGAUGGCCGAACCAGUCAAGCACGUCAAGAUGCUCGCCAAGUUCCUCGGUGUUCCCUUCACCGAGGAGGAGGUGAGAUGUGGGGUUGUAGAGGGUGUAGUGCAGCUGUGUAGCUUCAAUAAGCUCAGGAGCUUACCGGUCAACUCAUCAAGAGUAACUGAUAGGAUUGGUGGGGUGCCAAUGGAGAACGCUUCCUACUUUAGAACUGGGAAGGUUGGUGACUGGGCAAACCACUUGACGGAAGAGAUGUCAAAGAAGCUGGAUGCCAUUGUUGAGGAGAAGCUGAGAGGAUCAGGUAUCACAUUUUGA